UCGAGGACUGGGCGUCUCGCUUGGAGAAGAAUCGCGUCGCGAAGAUACGGAUAAAUAACAACCCGGUAUUUCACAGACCGACUUGAGAAACAUCACUCAAAGUUUUUAACUGUCUGUGGCGUUUGUGCGCGCUAAAGGCUUGAGCACUGUAAAAGUUUAAAACGAAGUGUGAAGAAAGAAGCUCGGUGACAGGAGGAACCCACAACAAGCAGUGCUAGUGUGUGUGUUUCUGGAGUGACAUGAACCGCGCCAGCCGUUAAAGCAUCCAGUGUUUCAGGUUUAUACUGCUUUCUUCAUAAUUUCAUGGUAUAAAGACAAUGAGCCGGUCUGACUGGGGGUGUGCCUUUUGACGAAAACACAAGCAACACCGUGGACACAGCGCUGAAUCACCGUGGCAACAGUGUGAAGUUGUGGGGACCCACAGCGCAGAAACCAUGCCCGCCCUCUCAACGGGAGCCGGCAAUGAGCCAGGGCUGUAUGAGCUACUGGCUGUGUUGCCAUCUCAGCUGCAGCCGCAUGUCCAGAGCCCGGAGGACCGCUCAUUUCUCAGCAACAUGUUCGGGGAGAAGAGCCUUCACUCGCUCGUCAAGAUCCAUGAGAAGCUGCAGUGUUAUGAGGACAGCAGUCCUGCACCGGUCCUACAGACAGCAGAAACACUCGCCUCAGAUUUGGCAGAGGAGCUUCAGAAUAAGACUCUGACUGGCGACAUUAAAGAGCUGAUCAAGCUACUGUCCAAGCCUCAUAUCAAGAGUUUAUUGUCAGUCCAUGAUAUAGUGGCUCAGAAGAGCUAUGACCCAGAGCUGCCACCCCUGCCAGACGACCUUGACGACGAGGAGGACUCAGUCAAGAUCAUCCGCCUGGUCAAGAACAAGGAGCCACUGGGUGCAACCAUCAAAAAGGCAGCACACAGGGGCCGUCUAAUUCAUGUCGGUGAUGAGCUGAGGGAAGUCAAUGGAAUUCCAGUAGAUGGCAAGAAGCCUGAGGAGAUCAUUCUUAUUCUGUCCCAGUCUCAGGGGGCCAUCACCUUUAAGAUCGUGCCAGGCAUUAAAGAGGAGCCGCCCAUCAAGGACCCCAAGAUGUUUGUGCGGGCGCUGUUUGACUACGAGCCGGCGGAGGAUAAGGCCAUCCCCUGUAAGGAGGCGGGCAUGAGCUUCCAGAGGGGCGACAUCCUGCAGGUGAUGAGCCAGGACGACGUCACCUGGUGGCAGGCUCGCCACCACUCUGACACCAACCCCCGCGCCGGCCUCAUCCCCUCAAGGCAUUUCCAGGAGAGGAGGCUUGCUCUGCGACGACCACCAGCCACUCUCCCGCCACCUCAGAAGAUAUCCAGCCGAAGAUCCUUGGGCCUGAGGAGGAGUUUUCGGCUGAGCCGGAGGGAUAAGAAGACAAACAAGUCCAUGUACGAGUGCAAGAAGAGUGACCAGUACGACACGGCUGACGUGCCCACCUAUGAGGAGGUAGCAUCCUACCGCCGGCAGCAUGGUGCCAGGCACAGACUCGUGGUGCUAGUCGGACCUACAGGUGUGGGUUUGAAUGAACUGAAGAGGAAGUUACUAAUAUCUGACCCGCAGCACUUUGGUGUCACUGUGCCACACACCACCAGACCGAAAAGAAACCAGGAGACAGAUGGAGUGGAGUAUCACUUCAUCUCCAAACAUCUGUUUGAGACAGACAUCCACAAUAACAAGUUUAUCGAGUAUGGGGAGUAUAAGGGAAAUUACUAUGGAACAAGUCUGGACUCUGUCCGUUCCGUUCUGUCCAAGAACAAGGUGUGCCUUCUGGACGUCCAGCCUCAUACGAUAAAGCACCUGCGCACUGCAGAGUUUAAGCCGAUCGUGGUGUUUGUGAAGCCGCCUCCCAUCGACCGCCUGAGGGAGACGCGCAAGAAUGCUAAAGUCAUCUCCGGCAGAGACGACAAGACCUCCACCAAGGCCUUCACGGAGGAGGACUUCCAGGAGAUGAUCAGCAAUGCGAAGAUAAUGGAGAACCAGUACGGCCACCUCUUUGAGAAGGUCAUCGUCAACGACGACCUCACAGCAGCCUCCAGCGAGCUCAAGAUGGCACUGAAGAAGGUGGAAACGGACACACACUGGGUCCCCAUCAGCUGGACACACUCCUAGGACCGAGGAGGAGGAGGGCCACGAUAAAGAAGGACACCGAAACAAGGACGACACUAUGAGGGAGCGUCAAGGAGGAGAAAAAGAAAAACAAUAAGAACUUGCAAUUUUGUGAAUUGGGGGUGAAUAGCAUGUGGGCCUGGGUAUUUUAAAUUGUGGGAGAAAAACGGUUGUUUAGUUUUUUGUUGGGGUCACAGGGGUCUGUGAGCAAAACUGUGUGGUUCUGGGUUGGUUUCGGGCCUGGUUCAAGGCGCUGGGCUCGGCCUGGCCCAGCUUAGGGUCAGGUCAUGGGCCAACUGCACUGAUGGACUUUGAGAAGCCGCGGUGAGGUGCCAGAGCCAGGCUGCCACUCAGGCGGUCAGACCUCUCCUUGGUGUAUUUUUAACGUCUAGUUUAUAGAAACCAAAGGGAUUAUUAUUAUUUUUUUGUGGGCUCGGGUAACGGUUUACAUACAUAUCCGUGUAGUCUCUGAAUAGUGUGUAUGUGUGUGUGUCUGUGUGUGUGUGUGUGUGUGUGUACGAACGAGUACGCACAUGUGAGUAUGAGAAAUGAAACAGAAGCUGCCGAUUGCGUUUGCCUUCAGUCUUAAGAAAUCCUGAAUUCUGGAAGACCACACGUCAGCCCUCCCCCUUGCUAACAUCUAGCGUUCUUAUGCACACUAAACAAAUUAGAAAGAAAAAAAAGAGAGUGAACACUGGCAGUCGACAUGGGGAGGGUGUGAGUGUUCUUUUAUUUAAAAUGUGAAAGCUAAUAUAUUUUAGUAAGAAAAAAAAUCUACUGUUUUACACACUUUUUAAAAAAGUAAAAAACAUCUUUUAUCGACGUCAAAAAAAGUCCCCUCGGCAAGGGGGCCUGCAGACUCUCGGACUGUGCCGACCUCGCCUCCCAGGGCUGGGCAGACAGAGUGGCCUGUUUUGUAACGGGAUUUCGUGCUUCACUCAGGAGCUAUUUUAAAAUGGAGCCCUCCGCCCCGUCCAGUCUUGUCCCGCUCCAGCUCCAGCUCCCGGUCCAGCUCCCGGUCCAGCUCCCCGCCCCAGGAACAGCAGUCUGCGUCUGAGUGUGAGUCGGCUCUUGGCCCUGCACACUGGAAGAAAACCUCCUUCAUCUCCAGCAAUUAGGUUGGAGGAGCAGAGGAGAACAGUACAGUAUGUGUAUGUGUGUGGUGUUUCUUUUUUCCUUUCUUUUUUAUUCUUGUUAAAAAGAAAUUUUAGAAAUGUGUGUGUGUGUGUGUAUGUGUGUGUGUGUGAUUGGGGUAGGGUUUGGGGGUUCUGAAACAAGGAACCGAUCAGACGAGGUUCCGAGCACUUCCAGAAUUACACCUGGCACGAACGCCACGCUUACUCGAGCUCUCGUAACAAGGGAGCCUUAUUUGUAGAACAGGAGAGUAGGGGGAAUUGGUCAAUGUGACGCGUUUGGGAAAUGUGCGAGACAGUCUGUCUUAUGGUUGCUCUCUUAUUCUCUCUCUGUCUGUCUCUCUCUCUCUAUCUCUCUGCCUGUCUCUUUCCCUCCAUCUUUUAUUUUUUCUCUUAUUUUAGCCUCUCUGUGUUGUCAGUGCCAGUUGCUAACAGAAAUUGGCCUCACCUCCAUUUGCCUCUCUCCCAUUCUGGUACAAGUUUAGUCUCUUGGAUCACUUAGUCACUUCUGUAGACAUUCAGUACAACAAACAUUCCAGUCAUCAUCUCUGCAGUCUCUCUCUCUCUCUCUCUCUCUCUCUCUCUCCCUUUCUCUUCUGUCUCUUCUGUUUUUAUUUGUCUGUUUCUUUCUGUUGAGAAAUGUGCAGCAGAAUGGGGGAGUGCCAGUCUCUGGCGAAACUCUUGAGAACCAGCCCUGCUGUUCAUCUUGCGCUCUACGUCUUGUGAUUUUUGAAAGGCCACAGAAGGUGUUCUGCCUGUCAUGGUCAACUGUAGGAGUCUGUCUCCUGUGAGGAGAUGCUGCUCUAUCCUGUACAUUAAAUACAACAUCAAGCAAA